AACGUAUGAUUUGAAAUGCUGAAAAUAAACAACAUUGAAAAUGAACCAAGUAUUAGUAGUAGUAGUAAUCGUGCGUCCAAGCGUACGAUUUCGUCGUCCUCGUCCUCCUCCUCCUCGUCGGCGGGCUUCGACUCCUACUGUGUUUCUUUGGCUGUAGGACCGCUGUGGUGGUCCGAUGUCCCAACAGUCAGAACCGACCACGAUAGGGCGUCUCCCUUGAAUGAAUACAAUCGCAAGACAUCUAUUGACUCGACCACCACCGCUUCGUCUGAGGAUACCGAUCUUGAUAUUACCGAGUCGACCGUCGAUUAUAUGAACCAACAUGAGGCGGCCGUCAUCCAGGAAGUACUGAACCAACCCACUCCGACCCAGAUUACAUUGAAGCUCUUCGUCACCGCGCAGAAAUUCAGCACUUGGGAAACGAUCUUCAACCCAAUGGACAACAUUCUGUAUGUGAAUCUUCCUUCGACUAUGUCGCAUGAAGCGUCUAAGCACUCGUUCAUUUCGCUGCUAGAAUUCGCUGAAGAGAAACUCGAGUGUGACGGAGUCGUACUUUGCAUUCGCAAGGAUCGCCUGGAUCGCCCCAAUUUGGUGCGUACCUUCUCCUUCGUCGGAUUUCAACCAGUCAGUCCCAAGUCCGCGUUGAUUGCACCGCACAUUGAAGAGCAUCAGAAGAACGAGUAUCUCUUCAUGAUCUACAACAUCGAGGAGUAAGACGAUAAUCUGAACAUGAUCAAAUAAAAUCUUCAAACAAAGACGAGUGGGUGCUUUCCAAUCAAAAUUAAAGUUUUCGAUUCGCGCUAGAGCUUACUCUCUUUCUGUCUUCAAAUCAACUCUAUCAUUCUAUCACGGGAAGGGAGUAAACGCUAACACACAACGCGUACACCAAAAUAAGAACACUUCGGACCAUCGAGCUUCGAUUGGUGGCAAAUCGUCGCAUACCAAAUUGAUACGUGCGAAGGGUUCGUUUUGAUUGGUGAGCAUUUAACUGAAAGUGACCAUCCUACAACACAUUCAUCGUAUCGACAGCAGAAACAGCAUCUAAUGUUAUCCAGAGAAAACCGUCUCUCUUUUCGAAAGAUUACAAUACCAACCAUAAAACAACUAACAGUAUGAAAAUUAACACUUAAGAGGAAACAGUUACUUGUAAUCCUAUUAUCAGAGGUCGAACACUUGCGAUUUGUCAUUAUUUCAAGUGGAAUGCUUCUAUUAAAAUAUCGAAAACGCAAAAAAAAAAUUAAAAAGAAAACAAAACAGAUUCAAAAAAAAUAAAUAAAAUUAGAAAAAACUUUUUCAUAAAUUUAACAUUUUAUAAAAAAGGCCCAAAAAACAAAAAUAUUCACAUGUAUCGAUAGGAGGAGAGGAGAAGUGAGUAGGAGAGCACUAGGAUCAUUAUCUAAGAAAGAAAAAAACAUUUAAAACUUACAAGAUUGUCUUAAUUGUUUGAGUAAUAAGCGGAUCAAAUAAAUAUGUUACGAAGAUGAUGGGGUCAGCUUUCGUAUGGAUGAUUUCUUCGCAGGCGAAACAAGGAAAGUAUGAAAAACUUCGUAACACACUUGGGAUUGCAGCGAAGGUUGAAUCUAUGCGAAAAGUUGAACCGAAUACUUAAAGCAACCAAUUCAUAGUAGAAAAUAUAUUACUUACUUAUUUACUGUUUGAAUCAAUUAUCGAGCAUGAAGAAUAAGAAUAUAUAUGGAACAGGCAACAUAACAUGAUGGUAUUGUAAUUGGACGCAGCGUUUGGUUUUUUUUCUAUCGCAUAGUCGAAAAUGCAGAGGUUUUCAUGAAAUUGGUGUAACCAUAAAUGCAGAUCAGAACGUUGUUAAUUCAAACAAAAAUAAUCUUUAUUUAGGGGAAAUGGAUUAAAUGUAACAACAUAUUUUUUCUGGUAUACAAUUUUAUCGCUAUUACAGUUAUAUUUUUAUCAUUCGUUAUUCUUAUCGUAAACAUUUAGUAAAACUAAAA